AUGAAAGUGCAUCAGGUGACACUGAUAGCAUCAACAAUAAGUGGUGUGUCAUUAGUAGCAUGCUUAUUUGCUAUCCUAAUGAUUUACAGCGAUGUACAAAAGACCUGGAAUCAACUGGAUUCAGAAAUUAGUACAUUCAGGGCAACAACAGAUGAUUUAUGGAAAGAUAUGAUACAGCUUGCUCGAAAAAAGCGAUUUCGACGACAAUAUGAUGAUAAGAGUGAAGGUGAUGACAGUACUAGAAAUGGUUCAGCCACAGUGUCAUAUCAGUUUGAGACAACAACAAAUGGAAAUGAUGGUAGUAUACGCUCUCAUCAACAUGAAAGUUUGAAAACCGAAGCUGCCAGUGCUACAAGUCCAACAACACCUACACCUUCUGGAUCAGGGGACAGUGACGCUACAUGUGGAUGCCGUAUUGAUAAUAAAUGUCCACCAGGUCCGCCGGGUCCCAAAGGACCACCUGGCCAUAAAGGAGAGGAUGGAAUGCCAGGUAUGGAUGGUAAACCAGGUGCUGAUGGGAUGAAUAUUAAACUAAGCAAAACUACUGUAGGUUGCUUCAGAUGUCCAGCUGGUCCUCAAGGUGCACCAGGAGCUUUGGGACGUCCCGGACCACGUGGACUAAGCGGAAGCAAAGGACGAGCUGGCUUGCCAGGACGAAAUGGGAACCCUGGUCCACCUGGUGAGCCUGGACCACCAGGACCACGUGGUGCUGACGGACCAGCAGGACUGCCUGGUAAAAAAGGUGAAAAUGCAGAGCAUCCAGUAGGUCAUCCCGGCUUGAAAGGUGAACCGGGACCAGUAGGACCAAGAGGACCACCUGGGAUUGCUGGUCGUAAUGCUCCAUUCGGUAUCACUGGUCCUCCGGGAAAACCUGGAAAUCCUGGACCUCAAGGACCACAGGGAGCUGCUGGUCCAACUGGGAAAGUUGGACCUCCAGGACUACCAGGAAAAGACGCUGAAUACUGUCCGUGUCCGAAACGUGAAGAAAGUGCAAAUGGCUACGCAAGGCAGAAAUGA